UUCAAAGCAUGUCACGGUUUAUGUUUCAAUGUAUUAUACUUCACUGUUUGACGUAUCGCGCUAUUUUCUGCUUAUCGUGACUACUGAAACAAGAGAAAUCAUUUGUUUUCUGGCGGAAGCGUGUUGUUGGCGUGCUAUCAUCUAUUGCCUUGAAGUCUUUUGAAGGGUCGCAUUAUGUUCCACAAUCACGAGAAAAGGCCUUUCCAGAAAAAUUCCGAGAGACAAGUCAAGGGAGAAUUAUUACUAAGAACUACGCCAUGGGGCCCUUAGAAAUUAAUGCACAUUUUCAAUAUGCUGAUUUGAGAUCGCGCUGAGCCUCGCUUCAGUGUUUCUCAUAGAACAUUCGCCAAACAUAUUUGCAUUACCACUCAAAACUAAUGACGCGCAAAAUAUUCUCUUUCAGUCGGUAAACAGAAGAUUCCUUCUUGCGGUUAACUGCGGGUCACCUGCGUUUAAAGCAGUGCUAUAAAGCGUUUCCAUUUUAAGGAUUAUCUCGUCAUUUAGUAUGUGCUAAUUACCUUUUUAUGUUCCAGGAAAAGAUGCUAGGCCCAGUUGUUUUGGUUGCUGUUGCCAUCCUGAUCCUCAGAGUAGGCGGCGGCCUUCGGGGAUUUCGGCCAACGCAGUGCAACUUAAUCUAUGAAAACGCUUGCCAUCAAUACCGAGAAACGGGAAAUCAUGAAAUUAUGUGCCGCGAAAGCGCACAACAUAAGCUUUGUCAACAAACUUGUAACAGCGGUAGUUGUCGUUUGCAUUGCCAUGCUUCAAACUCGUGCACUCAGCGAUGUGUGGCUGGCCGUUGUAACAACAUCUUUUGUAAAUCCAAGUAUUGUAGACAAGAUUGCACAAGAGGAAGCUGUCAACUGAUGGAUUGUGGUGGAGAGACCUGCAGACAGAAGUGUCUUAUGGGUGGCUGUAACAUGCUCUGCUCGAAAGGAGCCACAAACUGCACACAGUGGUGCGAAUUGGGAAAAUGCACAAUGCGUUGCCCUCCUGGCGUAAAGUCAUGCGAGCAGACUUGUAAUGGCGGAAAAUGCAACAUGAUUUGUAAUGCAGAGAAAUGCAAACGUUCUUGUAAAGGAGGAGAAUGUACUUACGGUGCGGAAGUUACUCGAGGUUUAGAGGCAGUACUUGGUGCACCACGAUACAUUUACUGCAACGACGAUCUCAGAGAGAGUAUUUGUAUGCAGACUUGCUCUGAGGGAAAUUGCGACAUGAAAUAUAAAUAUAGCCAUCACAGCUCGUUACUGCAGGUGUGCGCGGGAGGAAGUUGCCAUUUCGACUGCAAAGCUCCCCGUAAAUGCACCCAGGUCUGCAUUGGAGGAAAAUGCAUGAAAUACUUAUGCAACUCAAGAGUAUGCAUUCAGGAAUGUGUCGCUGGGGGAUGCACGAUGGAAUGCGAAGCAGAGACAUGUCUUCAGACAUGCAGAGGUGGCGACUGUAGGAUGAGUUGCAUGUCGAAUGUUAAGCGAUGUUUCCAGUGGUGUCCUGGAGGCAACUGUAUUCUUGGAUGUGAAGCAGAACAAUGCAAACGUUACUGCCAGUCUGGAAGCUGUGUUACUCCUGCCCAAGCUCCCAAACUCCAGGCAAUCGCAAGGAGGGUUAGAUGUGCAAUGUUAACACGUGAAUGUCAUCAGCAGUGCCCACAGAAACGAAGCUGUUCAUUUCUUGGAUGGCUACAUUAUGGCAUUUUCCGAUCAAUAAAUCAAACUUGCAACGAAGGAGACUGCCGGAGAAUGGAGUGCCGAGCAUCCAUUAAAUGUAGACAAACUUGCAACGAUGGAGCCUGCUACUCAAUGUCUUGCACCUCAACUAAUUGCUUACAAGACUGUGCGGGAGCUAACUGCAAUAUGGAGUGUAAUUCUGAACAUUGCACCCAGAUUUGUCGCGGAGGGGGAUGCCAAAUGAAAUGCGCUGAGACAGUUAAAACAUGCAGACAGUCUUGCAAUCCUCAAAAUUUGAACUGCCAGUCUAUUUGCCUGGCAAAAACCUGCUCGGUUACUUUAAUGUAAAAACAAAAUAGCCAUUCGUUUUAAGUGUUGCACUUGUUCGGUAAUCGCACGCCUUUGUUUGUAGGUGUUUUCCGUGCCUUUCAUUUGAUAAAAGAACUGGGGAAAAAAGAGUUAAGGAAGGGAAAAGAAAGACGGAAAGCUUGACAAUAAACACUUUGAAGGAGUAUAGCACUGAUGAAAAAGUUGUAAAGCACAUAAGAGCAUAUUAGUAUAGGUAAUCAUAUGAUUUCGAGUGCAAUUUGGAAUA